AAACCAAGUCCAUUUUACAUUUCCCAAUUCCCACUCCUUCGCCCCUACUCCCUCGUCCCUCCAACAAUUCCACUCGCGGAGCCGUCCCCCCCGCAGCGCUCCCGCUGCUGACAAUGCACCCAUUCGACGCCGCGUCCUUCUUCUCAACUACCCCCGAAGGGGGAAGCUUCGACGCACGGCAGCAGGAGGAGGAGCUUGCUGGAGCCGCGUCGUCGUCGCCGACGCCGUCCCGUGGCACGCGAGCUGGCGUGGAAAACGCGAGCAUCAGAUGCCAGGACUGCGGGCACCGGGCCAAGGCGUACUACUGCGCGCACUGCUGCAGCGACCGCGGCUUCGUCUGCCCCGGCCACGCGAAGACCCCUUACGUCCCAGCGUCCCAGUGCAGCAAGCGCCAGCAGAGGCUCGCGGCCGUUGACGUCGAGCUCAUGCCCAUCUCCAAGCGCCCACACAGGCCCGCGCUUCCCUCCGUCGCCGCCCACACCACCACAUCGUCCGUUGAUCAGCCGAUCGUAACGCCGGCGCUGCAGAGGUUCGCGCGGGAAGUGAGCUUGGACGCCGUGUUCCGCCGCGUGCGGCUAGGAGGGCCCGAGCCGGACGUCGCGUACUACACCACCAUCACCAUCGCUGGGCACGUGUUCAGGGGAGUCCUGUAUGACGUCGGCCCCCACAGUGGCAGUGGCAGCACGGCUGCCUCGGAUACGGACGGGAGCGGUGAAGAAGUAGGGUCGUCGCUCACCACGGCCGGCGGCAGCUGCCUGGAUCUAACGCUGGGAAUGUGAGGCACGCAAAAAGCCACGCCAUUUUGUCAUGCUAGCUACUAGGCUACUACCAUCCGCUUUGCAUGCUCAAUCACUAUCUUGCUUUCCAUCGAUUGAUGGUACAACCUGAGAGCUGAGAUAGGAUUAGGCUGUUUGUUCCCUGACCGUUUGUGGAGAACACUCUGCAUUGACGGUUCCACUGUCAUCUUACUAGUAGUUUUUCUGAUUUCCGCCUGUAAGAAAGUCCGAAUCGAGAUCUUAUUCACUGGCGACAGCUGGAUAAGUACUUACACACCGGUGGAAGCGGCUUUAAUAGCAUAAACCUAUUUUUG